UUAGAUGUUAAUAAGUUUAGAACUCUACUUUUAAACCAAGUAUUCCAAUACUUUUUUUAAUUUACAUUAGAUAAAAAAUAAAAAUAAAUGUUACUUAGCUAACGGACUCUUGCAUUAGUAUCUCAUUAAGUAGAAAAAUCUCGGGAAAACCAAUUUUUAUUUCAACCAGGAAUCGAAUAGCACGCAACCGCUACUCCCAACCACUACGCCGCACUCGACAGGUUACUCAUAGAGCGAGACAGGACGAAAACAACGCAUUCCCAUACAGUUCCCACCGUAACCCACCCUUGGUUAGAACGGGACAGCUACAGUUUCCUACUUCAAUUCAUAACAGGGAUAAUACAGGAAGACCAAUUUAAUACGUUACGUUCGUUCAUUCAUUGUCAUUCUGCGUACGAGCGCCGUCCAGUGCAGACGUGUCUCAGACGUCUGGUCGUGUCUGGACGACUGGUCGGGUACAGACGACUAAAUAGUGAAAAAUGCCGUGCAGUGAAGAUGAUGAUUCACAAAAUGGUUUUGCUGAACAGCAAAUGUCGAAAGCGGAGUUGCGAAAGACCAACAAGCCAAUCAUGGAGAAGAAGCGACGCGCGCGCAUCAACAACUGCCUCAAUGAGCUCAAGGACUUACUCAUGGAUCCUGAAAAGGACCCAGCGCGCCACUCCAAGCUCGAGAAGGCCGACAUCCUCGAGCUCACCGUGAAACACCUGCAGACCCUCCAGCGUCAACAACUAGCGGCCGCCAUCGCCGCCGACCCCGCCGUACUACACCGAUUCCGAGCUGGUUUCGGAGAUUGUGCCGUCGAAGUCCGGAGAUACCUGUCCAGACUUGCUAGCGUUCCUACUGGAUUAAGACACAGACUGGGAAAUCAUCUUACAUCCUGUAUAAGUGGGAUAGAACGCCUACAUAAACCAAAAGAUUACCCAGCUUUAGUUCCCGACCCGUUAAGAUUGGACGAUGAAAGACCAAGCGCUUUCCACUGCGUUCGGGCUACGCGACCAACGAGUCCACCCCUAAGCCCACUCUCUUGUGACUCCGCUUGCGAUUCUUCCACAGAACUUGAAACUCCACCACGACCAGUUCAAAAAUUCCCCUUUCCAACACCACCAAGUAGAUCAGCUUCCGAUCAAGAUAGCAGUCCAGAAACACAAAAGCCAACAGUAUCUUCAACUACAAUUUCUCCAGAAACUUUAAAGCAAGAAGCUUUAAGAAACAAGAAGUAUAUGGAGCCGUUAUCGAUAGUUAUAGACGUUGAAAACUAUAAAAUUGGAAUCGACGCGUCACCUAAGCGAGCUGUUGAUUACUCCAUACGGCAGAAGUUAAAAAGAUCUGUAACUGAAACUACUGGACCAGCGUUAAAGGUCUUAAGAUUGGAGCCAGAAAGACCUGUUGAAAAACUCUAUGACUUGACGCCAGAGAAACGAGCACCCAUAUACCCCAUAAGGUUAACUUUACCUGAAAGUAUACCCAGUGCAGUAGAAAGGCCAUCAUUUGAAAGACCUGUCAGUUCUGUUAUAACACAUACAGCGGAAUCUUUGGCGCAGUCUAGCGUGACACAGGAAAAGGUACAGAAAGAAGCGGACACCAGUUCACAGUCUCCGGCACAGGGGACGUCUACAGAAAUGUGGAGGCCUUGGUGAUGAUCCGCCUAUAUACGUCCCACUAGCUGGGCACUGGGAUUCAAAAAUAUAUCAUAGUCUCAAUAUUGGCUCAAAGUGGGAUGGGGCAGUAAAACUGUUGGGAGUGUUAUGCCCUUGGCGUCUAAAACCAUGUAUUGCAAUUCCUACCUUUAAUGUCAGUAUUUUUCUGUUGAUGAAAAGGAUAAGUUUAAAAGAGACAGAAAUAGCAAUAUCAUUAAGAAUUUGUAUAUCGGCCAUUUGUUUGAAUUAGGAUAAGUUUUUAAUUAAUGUGUUAAAACAGCUUUAAUUUACCUAUUUGGUAUUCGUUUGUUGUAUUAUAGAAAGCUUUAAGCAUUUACCUGUUGGUAUUUGUUUUUAUACAAAAUAUUAAAUAUUUCGUUUUAUCCUUCCUUGACUUUCAUUUCAAAACGGAAUACACUAAAACACAAAUCAUUAUAUUACAUCAUUUUUAUGGACAAGCACAUCACAUAGUUUGUAUCUAAUGCGAAAUCAGAAACAAUCAAAACCUUAACACUACGCAAUAAGGUACACUUUUACUAAAAAUAAUAAUCGGCCUUAAAACACC